AGCAAUAAAGAGAGAAGCAUAGUGGGUACCAACAAUAGCACAAAGCCUAGAUUACAGUGGGAAACAAAAACUUCCACUUUCUCGUCUAUUUUCUGGGUAACCAAACAAACUUUAAUCUUCUCCUCCUCAACCUAGGUUUUCUCAAGUUUGAUCUUCAGUAUUGUAGCAAAUCCUAAAUAUGGGAAAAGGAGGAGAAGUUUAUGGGAAAAGAGAAUUUGAGGCCUUCAAACAAACAGAUCCAGAUUUGUUCCUCGCUUGGGCCAAAGAUAUCCACGAAUGCGAGAAGCAUUAUGGAGUUAGUCGAAAAUGGGGAUUAUCAUCGGCAGAAGUCGAAAAUCGGCGCAAGAUCUACGGUUAUAACGAGUUGGAAAAGCACGAAGGGCAGUCGAUAUGGAGUUUAAUCAUGGAACAGUUCAACGACACUUUAGUUCGAAUCCUAUUGCUGGCGGCGGUAAUUUCUUUCGUACUCGCUUGGUACGACGGCGAUGAAGGCGGCGAAAUGGGAAUUACCGCCUUCGUUGAGCCGUUGGUGAUAUUUCUGAUAUUGAUUGUGAACGCGGUCGUCGGUGUUUGGCAAGAAAAUAACGCUGAGAAAGCAUUGGAAGCUUUGAAAGAGAUCCAAUCGGAGCAAGCCACUGUGAUUCGUGAUGGAAUCAAAAUCCCUAAUUUGCCGGCCAAAGAGCUUGUUCCCGGUGAUAUCGUGGAACUCAAAGUAGGGGAUAAAGUCCCUGCCGACAUGAGGGUUUUGGAGUUAGUUAGUUCAACUUUGAGAGUCGAGCAAGGUUCAUUGACGGGUGAGAGCGAGGCCGUUAAUAAAACUAACAAGUUAGUUAGUGAAGAUGCUGAUAUUCAAGGCAAACGGAGCAUGGUUUUCGCGGGAACAACGGUGGUUAACGGAAAUUGCUUCUGUUUGGUUACGCAAAUUGGGAUGGAAACAGAGAUCGGUAAAGUUCAUACUCAGAUCCACGUGGCGGCACAAAGCGAAGAAGACACGCCGUUAAAGAAAAAGCUCAAUGAGUUCGGAGAGGUUCUGACGAUGAUAAUUGGGGUAAUUUGUGCUUUCGUUUGGUUAAUUAAUGUCAAAUAUUUUCUCAGUUGGGAGUAUAUUGAUGGUUGGCCUAGAAAUUUCAAGUUUUCGUUCGAGAAAUGUACAUAUUAUUUUGAAAUCGCUGUAGCGUUGGCUGUUGCAGCCAUUCCAGAAGGGUUGCCGACAGUUAUUACCACUUGUUUAGCACUUGGGACUAGAAAAAUGGCUCAAAAGAACGCACUGGUGAGGAAGUUGCCAAGUGUCGAGACAUUAGGGUGUACUACUGUCAUUUGCUCUGAUAAAACAGGUACCUUGACAACCAAUCAGAUGGCAGUAGCUAAGCUUGUGGCUAUGGGGGGUGAUGCGAGUAGUUUGCGAAGUUUUAGAGUUGAUGGCACAACGUAUAAUCCUUCUGAUGGGAAAAUACAUGAUUGGCCAAGUAAUGGAAUGGAUGCUAAUCUUGAAACAAUUGCCAAGAUUUCUGCUAUUUGUAAUGAUGCUGGUUUAACACAUUCUGACAAUAAGUUUUUAGCUCAUGGAAUGCCUACUGAGGCAGCGUUAAAGGUUCUAGUAGAGAAAAUGGGCAUUCCAAAUGUAUCCUAUAGUGGUGGAGGAGCUAGCAAUGAUGAUCUACGUUGUUGCCUGUGGUGGAAUGAGUAUGAGCAUCGUAUUGCAACCCUUGAGUUUGAUCGUGAUAGGAAGUCCAUGGGUGUUAUUGUCAAGUCCAAAUUGGGAAGAAGGUCAUUGUUAGUGAAGGGAGCUGUAGAGAACUUACUUGAGAGAAGCUCAAAGAUGCAAUUGCUUGAUGGUUCUGUUGUACCACUUGAUCAAAAUUCAAGGAUCCUUGUUGCCAAUGCUCUUCAAGAUAUGUCAAGCGGUGCAUUGCGCUGCCUGGGUUUUGCAUACAAAGAUGAGCUCCCUGAGUUUGAAAGCUAUGACGGCAGUGAUGAUCAUCCAGCACAUAGCCUAUUACUUGACCCUUCCAACUAUUCUUUAAUUGAGAGCAAUCUCACUUUUGUUGGCUUGGUUGGACUGAGGGACCCUCCCCGUCAAGAGGUCCAUCAGGCAAUUGAGGACUGUAAAGCAGCUGGUAUUCGUGUUAUGGUUAUCACUGGAGAUAACAAAAAUACAGCCGAAGCUAUAUGCCGUGAAAUAGGUGUUUUUGGGUCCAUGGAAGACAUCAGCUCGAAAAGUUUAACGGGGAAGGAGUUUAUGGAACUGUUGGAUAAGAAAACUCAUCUGAGACAAAGUGGUGGCCUUCUAUUUUCCAGAGCUGAACCAAGACACAAGCAGGAGAUAGUGAGAUUGCUAAAGGAAGAUGGAGAGGUGGUUGCUAUGACUGGUGAUGGAGUAAAUGAUGCGCCUGCUUUGAAACUGGCUGAUAUUGGGAUUGCCAUGGGCAUUGCUGGAACAGAGGUUGCCAAGGAAGCUUCUGACAUGGUGUUGGCAGAUGACAAUUUUAGUACAAUAGUUGCUGCCGUUGGUGAAGGCAGAUCCAUUUACAAUAACAUGAAAGCUUUUAUCAGGUACAUGAUCUCAUCAAAUAUCGGUGAGGUUGCCUCAAUAUUCCUAACAGCAGCGUUAGGUAUACCUGAGGGUCUGAUUCCUGUCCAGCUUCUCUGGGUUAAUCUUGUUACCGAUGGACCACCUGCAACUGCUUUGGGAUUCAAUCCUCCGGACAAGGACAUCAUGAAGAAACCUCCUCGGAGAAGUGAUGAUUCGCUCAUCACUGCUUGGAUUUUAUUCCGCUAUCUGGUGAUUGGACUAUACGUCGGAAUAGCAACUGUUGGCGUCUUCAUUAUCUGGUACACACAUGGUUCCUUCUUUGGCAUCGACCUUAGCGGUGAUGGCCACACCCUUGUCACAUACUCUCAGCUCGCCAACUGGGGCCAGUGCUCAUCAUGGAAUAAUUUCACCGUUUCAUCAUUCACAGCUGGGAACCAGGUCUUCUCCUUUGAAAAUAAUCCCUGCGAUUACUUCCAAGGAGGCAAAGUAAAAGCCAUGACCCUUUCCCUUUCUGUUUUGGUUGCCAUUGAAAUGUUCAACUCCCUUAAUGCCCUCUCCGAGGAUGGAAGCCUCUUGUCGAUGCGUCCAUGGGUCAACCCUUGGCUCCUCCUUGCCAUGUCCGUCUCAUUCGGCUUGCACUUCUUGAUUGUCUAUGUGCCAUUCCUGGCUCAAGUAUUCGGUAUCGUACCAUUAAGCUUUAAUGAAUGGUUGUUGAUUCUGGCUGUUUCAUUCCCCGUGAUUUUGAUAGAUGAGGUCCUGAAGUUUGUGGGAAGGUUUACAAGUCGGACGGGAUCAUACAAUCAAAGACCGUUGAAGCCUAAAUCCGAGUGAGACAGGUUCGUAUAAAUAAUAAGUCGGAUUGUUUGGAUACCACCUCAAAAAAUGAUUGAUAUUCUUGGGAACUCUUACUCCAACAUGGUGUUAUUACAAUGUGAGCUAUACUAUUGGUUUCAUAUUUAGCCCCCGCAUAAUUUCACAUGGGGGGAUGUUUUGUACCACAAAGAAGUAGCUAAGCAAAACUAUUCCCGUAUGUCAUUUGUUUACUAGGUUUCAUUAUUAAAACUUGUCAGAAAAUGCAAAAAGGGAAAACAUUUUUGAA